GGGCAGUGAGAGUGGUGUGAUUCCGGCUUGAUUCUUGAUGGGGAUGGAGAUGAAAACCAAGAGAAAGCCCCUUAAAUUUCUUCUUGUGUUUAUCUUUCACAACCCCAUCAUCUUUCUUUCAUAAACCCUUUCAACAAUGGCGGUUAGCCCUAGAAAAUUGGGCAUUUUCGGAUGGGCAUUGAGACAACGCAAGCAAUCCAAAGGCCAACUGGUGAAUCACUUCUCAACAGGGAAGCCCAUUGUUUCCCAGGCGAAGCCAGACCUCCGGUCAACGAACAACACAAUUACUGCUUUGAUCCGAAGUGGCAGGCUUGAGGAUGCCCGGUUCAUGUUCGACCAAUUGAGGCACAGAGAUAUUGUGACAUGGAAUUCGAUGCUCACUGGGUACACGCGACGCCAUGAAAUGGAGAAAGCUCAGAAGCUGUUCGAUCAAAUGCCUCAGAGGGACAUUGUCUCUUGGAAUUUGAUGAUUUCGUGUUACAUGUCUAGCCGGGGAACUGAUUACAUUGACUAUGCAAGAUAUCUGUUCGAUUGUAUGCCCGCGAGAGACGUUAUUUCUUGGAAUACGAUGAUAAGUGGGUAUGCCAAGGUUGGGCAAAUGGAUGAAGCAUUGAUGCUUUUUGACUGUAUGCCCGAGAAGAAUGUGGUGUCUUGGAAUGCUGUUGUUUCCGGUCUUUUACAAAAUGGCUGUGUGAAAACUGCUGUCGAAACUUUCAAGAGAAUGCCAAAACGAGAUGCAGCUUCUCUUAGUGUGAUUGUGUCGGGAUUGAUACAGAAUGAAAAAUUGGACGAGGCUGCAAAUUUACUGUUUGAUUUUCAGAGAUGUUGUGGUGAAAGCAGUGAUCUGGUUUUUGCUUAUAACACGUUGAUUGCUGGGUAUGGUCAGAAGGGCAGGAUCAAAGAUGCUAGACGUCUUUUUGAUCAAAUGCCAUUUUAUGCAACGAAGGCUACACAAGAAUGUAGGAGGUUUGAAAGAAACAUAGUGUCAUGGAAUUCAAUGAUCAUGUGUUAUGUAAAGACUGGGGAUAUUGUUUCAGCUAGGGAGCUUUUUGAUCUAAUGGUUGAAAAGGACACUAUUUCCUGGAACACGAUGAUCAGCGGUUAUGUGCGUGUCUCAAAUAUGAAAGAAGCUUCGGAUCUACUCUCUAUGAUGCCAAACCCAAAUGUAUUUUCGUGGAAUUCAAUAAUCUCAGGAUAUGCACAAGGAGGCAGAUUGGAACUUGCUUAUAAAUUUUUCGAAAGAAUGCCACAGAAGAAUUGUGUCUCCUGGAAUACCAUGAUAGCAGGAUAUGAGAGAAAUGGAGACUAUGAAGGAGCUAUAAGACUUUACAUUGAGAUGCAAUUGGCAGGAGUAAAACCUGACAAGCACACAUUAUCUUCACUUCUAGGUGUUUGUGCAGAAACUGUAGAUCUGCAUCUUGGUAUGCAGAUUCAUCAGCUGGUGACAAAGACUGUUUUACCUGAUGUACCACUAAACAACUCACUCAUUACUAUGUAUGCCAAAUGUGGGGCUAUAGUGGAAGGAAGGUCCAUUUUUGACAGGAUGAAACUUCGCAAAGAUGUAAUAUCUUGGAAUGCCAUGAUAGGAGGAUAUGCAUCUCAUGGCUUGGCUAAAGAAGCACUGGAACUUUUUAACACGAUGAAGAAGCUUAAAAUGAAACCAACAUACAUCACUUUUAUUGCUGUUCUAUCUGCCUGUGCUCAUGCAGGCCUGGUGGAAGAAGGUCGUCUCCAGUUUAAAUCCAUGGUUUAUGAAUUCGGUAUUGAGCCAAGGUUGGAGCACUUUUCCUCUUUAGUGGAUAUUGUAGGCCGUCAUGGCCGAAUUGAAGAGGCCAUGGAAAUAAUAAAAAGUAUGCCCAUUGAGCCAGAUAAGGUUGUAUGGGGAGCAUUAUUGGGUGCUUGUAGAGUGCACAAUAAUCUGGAGUUUGCAAGAACAGCAGCUGAAGCAUUAAUGCGUCUUGAACCAGAAAACUCUGGUCCUUAUUUACUUCUUUAUAACAUGUAUAUCGAAGCUGGAAAAUUAGAUGAUGCAAAUGAGGUUAGGAUGAGGAGGGAUAGAAAUAAUGUGAAGAAAGAAUCAGCGUACAGCGUGGUGAAUUUUAUCCAUCGAUAAUCAAUAUAUCCAAUUGGAAGCCGUGAUACAACAACUACUUGUGGCAUAGAUGCAUGCACAUUUGCCUGCUUGAUACUCUGGGGGUUGAGACAUUUGGAAAGUUGCUAUUCAUUAACCUGGAUUCAGACAUGCCGUUUCCCAGAGACCCGGCUCAAAUACAACAUUACAAGCAAACAAAAUCACAGUAGCACUGAGUAUGUGGAAAGAGCAAGUAUUUUUUGGCAUCCUGACCCCAGCAAUCGAAUGCCACAUAGGGUUGUGACUAUGUUGGAUUCAAUCUGGAGACGGGGGAGGGGAGGGGUGAGGUGUGCAUAGUUCUUUGCUCGUGUUACAAGGCUUCACGUGAUUUUACUCUUGGGUAGCAACCAAACUCAUUGGCCUGCAAAGAUAUCUUAUCAAAGGGACGCGAUAAUAUGGUCCAAGAGUGCAUCUUCCCACAACGGAGGCAUGUGCUAACAAAUGCGCUGGUUCCACAUUUCUUCUCUAAAUGGAGGAUAAACCACAUAUUAUCCCACACCGGGGGAUGGUCCGCUAUAUGGGUGGAUCAAGUGAGGCCAUUCGGUCGGGUUGAGUCAUAGCCUCUGUAAGUAAGUUCAGUACUCUUGAAGUGGUGUCUUUGACCAAUCUUGAUGCAAUUUAUAGAGCCAUGUUUAGAGAAUCAAUUGGCAAUAACUAAAGCAACUUAUACUCAGUCAUAGUUUAAUAUCCU